CCCCGUCGUUCUCAAACAAAACCCCAACUCCCCAACCAGUACCGAACGAACCCCCACCCCACCGACCACCGCAAUGGCGGACGGCGAGGAGCCCCUGGUCCAAGAAUCCGCCGCGCCCGUCGUCUCCGACGCCGACCCCUCCCGCCGCUGCGUCCGAUUGGCCCACACGCUCCUCCCCGGCGCGGAGCCCGGCGCCCGUCUCCCGGCCCCGCCCCGCGACCCCGGCCCCGUUCCUAGCCGCGGCGGGGCCCUGGCGGAAUUCCGGGGCUGGCCGGGCUGCCCCAAGCUGUGGAUGCGGUGGGUGGACAAGCUCCGGCCGCGGCACGAGCCCCUGUGGCGGGACCUCGGGAUCCUGGACGCCAUCCUCGCCGCCACGUACCGGGUGCGCCGCGACGAGGGCGCCCUGCUCCAGCUCGCCGCCUUCUGGUCCGCCGCCACCAGCACCUUCGUCUUCCCCUGGGGCGAGGCCACCGUCACGCUCCAGGACGUCGCCGCGCUCGCGGGCCUGCCCCUCGUCGGCGGCCCCGUGCGCGCGCCGGUGCCGGGGGACCUCGAGAAGGAGGUCGGCGCGCUCGAGGCCGUCCGGGUUGUGCUCAACCAGAGCAAGAACAGGAAGCCGUCCUACGGGGUGUGGGUGAAGUACUUUCUUGAGCGCGCGCCGCCGGACACGGGGGCAUCCGCCGCCGGUGGCCGCGGCGACCUCGUCGAGCACGGCGCCUUCUUGUCCUUGUGGCUCUCUCGCUUCGUGCUCCCGUCGCCGCCGUUGGACGUCGUCCACCCGGAUACAUCCCCCGUCGCCGUCCGUCUGGCGCACGGCCAGAGCGUGGCUCUCGCGCCCGCCUCACUCGCCAGCAUCUACAGCGAUCUCUCGGCGAUCAAGCGCCGCUUGGGCUUGCGCAACAACAGGGAGCCGCCGCCUUUCGGGGUUUCCGCGCCGAUGCGCAUCCUCCAGCUUUGGGUCUGGGAGCGCUUCCCCGAGCUGCGCUCGAAGAUGGAAAAAUCCCCUGCUCCUGAUGUCAAUGGCGUGCCAAGGGUUGCCCGGUGGCAUGACGCCCGCAGUGUGCUCGACACGAGGUACGUUUUCGGAGUGCUCAUGUCGCCCAAGGAGUUUGAGUGGCGACCCUAUGGAAGUAGCAGUGUUGCUCUGCAGCCCGAAACCUGUGGCUGCUGGGUGCGUGGCCAGGAUAUCACAAGAAGCAAAGCACUGUUGUCAUUUGCGCGAUGUUUGCGAGCUUGUGAGCUUGUAGGCAUGAAGUGCAUUGAGAAGUAUCGUCCUCAUCGUGUUGCGAGGCAGCUGGGCUUUGAUCAGGAUGUGCCAGGAGUUGUGGUCCGUGCAAACUCAAGAUGGGAGGAAGCAUGGGAUACAUACAACAUUGAAGCCAAAAAUCUUGCAUUCAUCGUUCCGGAUCACAAGCCGGGCAUGACGGUUAAGUAUGCUCAAUGGUGGGAGCCUUACUCAUUGGCAUGUGCUACUGCAGUUGCUAAUUCUGUGAAGACUAAAGGACUAUGUGUUUUGGUUAGUCCAGUAAAAAGAAAAAUGGAAGGGCUUCCUGCUGCUAAUUCUGGCAAAAAGAUGUGUGUUGACACAUCCAUCAGGAUCCAUCGGACAGCACCAGAUGCAGCUGAGGAGCUGGAAGAUGAAAUUCCUCUUGUGGAGAGGCUCAAUAGCAUUAUCAAGAUGACGCGUAAGCAGCAUACCACGGAAUUUGCGGUGAAAGGUGCUGAACAGGAGCUAAUUGCUGAAAGUCCAUACAGUUUUAGAUCAAUAUCUGCAAGUGUUGGAGCUAAGAAGGCAACUCUACACAAAGAUUUUGAGCAAGCCGUAGCUGAUGAAUUCACCGGCUCUUUAAGUAUGGUUGAUGGAUUAUCUUGUGGUUCUCUUACAAAAAUGACACUAAACAAAUGUCUCCAACAAACUGAAGAGGAAGACCUUGUUAUCUCUAAUGAGGAAAAGAAUAGCAUACCAGAAUAUGGUGAUUUAUUCCCCAACGUCAUCCAGAGUGCAGCGAGUAGUGAAAGCGAUGAAGCCGUUGUUGGAGCUGCAUCUGAAGUUGAUAUGUUCCCUUCAUCUGAAGACAUCUUGAAGAUCAGGGAUUCCGAGGUUGAAUCUUCUCUGAGUGACAGAACUCUCAGACAAGAACCAGAUGUAUUAGCUCAUACUGCACCUAUCCAAACUUAUGUUGGUCACUCAGAAGGUUCAACUAAAGAAAUGCAGAAAUGCAUUGUCGCAGGAGACAAGGUGCACAAGGACAAAGAUGUCUUAGUAUCAAAUGAAGAGUUAGAAUCUGUGAUUGAAAACCUCGCUGAAGCCUAUAGAAAGAAAUCAGGAAACAGUGAGAGGCCCGCGUCGAGGAGGCAGGUUGAUGGAAUCACCAAACAGGUUGGCAGGGAAGUGUGUACAAAAACUAUCUACUACCUUAGUCGAUUUGAUCGGACGAAAGAUGCCUGGGACAAAGAUGCAAAUACCAUGGGCGGAAAUCAAGAUGUUAAAAUGCCAAGACGCGCAGUUGGAACGAUGGAAAUGAUUAAAAUGGCAUCUGCACUUCGAAAGGCCGAAAUUAUUGCUGGGUUGAAGAAAAAUAUAGACAGACUGAAGGAAGAGAUCCUUGCGCUAGAGGCAGCAGAUAACCUCAAAAAGUAAAGUAUAAAUAUAACCUAAGAUAUGAGAUACAAGUAGUAUUUAUUUCUUCACAUGACAUUAGACAUCUCCUAACUUCCUAAGGUUUAUGAUAUGCAGACUAGCUAAUGAAACUUGUUGUAUUGUUAAUUUUCGUGUUUGUGUUAAUGUCUUGAAGGAACCUAGUAGACAAUAUAUAGUGAAGAAACUGUGAUACAGAGACACACAAAA